UUGGCAACCGCAAACAGUUGCGCCGUGGACGCACAUCUGGAAAGCAGCUUCGCUAAUAAGUCAAAGAGUAUAUUUUAUUGACCGUUUUUUUUUUUUUUUUUUUACCUGUUUUAUCCUCUUGGAAUCUUUGAGAGUGAACAGAGCUCCUCCAACAGCUGGACGAGCGCGGGGGAAACAUCUGCAGAAGAUGGAGCCCAGCUCUCAUAGGACACCGCGCAACCUGCGACAUUUGACCCUGAAUUGAAAUGACUUAAGAAGGACGACCAGAGAUGAGUCAAAGAAACGCUGAGGAAUUCCACUCUUUUCCAGCGAGGGGUUUACCUUCACCUUCACCUUCUGCAUCUUCAUCUUCAUCUUCUCUGAAAAGACGCCUUGUGAGGCUGGCAAGGAAGUCCAGCGAUGGUUCUCUUCGGUCGAGUUGGUCUACCGGCAGCUCGUCCGCCGGCCGGUCCGCCGAGGCCGCGGCUUUCGGACAGCCUUGCAAGAGCCGCAUCCGUCGCCACACUAACCGCCUGUCGGGAGUCUUCCGUCGCGGCGCCGCCUCCGGCUCGCCGUCCACGGCCAUGUCCGCCCAAAUCGGGAAAGGAAGCGCGAGUGUGACAGAUGCCCAAGGUGUGGACGACCCGUCCGAGCUGUCCAAUCAGCUAAGCGCUCCCGGAAUCUUGAAAAUCUUUGGAAGUGAAAUCUGUAAAGGAGCUCACUAUAAGAGCGUCCUGGCCACGACGCAUUCCGCUGCGAAGGAGCUGGUCAAAGAGGCCCUCCAAAGGUACGGCCUUGGAAAAGAAGAGGCAAAUUCCUAUGUUCUGUGCGACACCAUCGGCUCCAUUAGCGAGCGGCGGUGGAAAACCGAAGGCUUCAGGGUCGUGGGCGACAACGAGAAGCCGCUCCUCCUGCAGUCGCUGUGGAAGCCGAGGGAGGGCCUGGCGAGACGCUUUGAAAUCCAGAGGCGGAGCCUGGCGGAAGAGCAGACGGCCCAAGAAAAAGACACCAUCACUGCCGGUAUCAACGCCCAGGCCCGUAAGCUGCAGAAGAGUCGCUCCAGAGUGAACUCCAGCCUCGCAGAGAGAACAAUGAGUCGAAGCCAGAGACUCCGGAGGAGUAAAAGUGGCAUCGACCUUAUUGAUGACGAGUCAGAGAGCAAAGGCAAUCGGGAUCAAAGUUUGUCCCUGAGUGGAACAUUAGUGGAGAGCCAUAAGUGCCCAGCGGCAAGGGCAGAAGCGAAUGACAUUGAACUUGUAGCACCCUCUCAGGGGGACGGUGGGGCGCAGGCUAAAACAGAGAGCCUCUGUCCGCCGAGGCCGAGAGCUGAGCGGGAAAGAGAGGAGUCGGAGAGGGAGGAGACCGAAAGUAGCGACGAUAACACGACACAGUACUCCAUUCACCCGCCUCACGACUGUCCGUACCUGCUGCUACUACACGGCCGCAGCCUUGUACAGGACUUGGUCAUCUACCUACUUGCGAGUCCAAGCAUUGUGAUAGGGCGACGGAAUGACAACGGAGAUGUCUCGCAGGCGGACAUCGUCCUCCUCGCGGAGGACGAUGUACUUCCGAAACAUUGCAUUUUCCAUCGCGUGAGUACCGGCGGACCAACCGCGCUGUGCCCUUUUCCCGAUGCCGUCGUCACCAGGAAUGGCAAUAUAUUGAAAGAGAAAGUAGAGCUUCGCCCCGGUGAUGUCAUCGGACUAGGAAAAAGCUACCUGUUUCUGUUUAAAGAUCCCUUGAUUCACAAGGAAGUAACCGGCACUGCUCCAGAGCCCGGCUCGUCUACGCCGCCCAGCUUGUUCGGCCGCCCGACAUCUGCUCCGACGACAACCCGCGCAAGAGAUGUGAUCCUCCGCAACACGACCUCCCGAAAGUGCCCGAAGCGAGCCCCUCCGUCUCUGAAAUCGCCGGAGGGCCACCGCCUGAGUUUGAACCACCGGGCCGAGGAUGAGCAUCGCAUCGUCAAACAAAUAGUCGCAAUUGGGAGCGGCGACGCCGAAGACGGACCGUCGCUGAGUGUUGCGUUUCUGCUGUGCCUCUGCGUUCAGUAUUCCGCCUCCUAUUCCCGGCCCUCGGACCUGAGACGCCUCCUGCUGCAUCUGGCGGGUGAAAUUCAGAGCGCCGUUUGGGAGCAAACCAAGGAACUAGCUGCUUUUCCGAAGCAAGCCAACAAGGAUAUCAUCUCAGGACUGCUGCCCCUAGUGGUGUGGAUGUCAAACAGCCUGGAGAUGCUCCAGUUCAUCCAGUAUCAGCUGCCUCUCAUCUUGGAGUGGAGAAGCUGUGAGGAGAAUGAAGAUGGAAGCGAAAAAGACGGGCUGGGCUUACAGCUGACCUGCGUGCGCUCAGCCAGCGAAGAAACAAUGGCAGCCCUGGAGGAGGUCAUCUUGCUUACCUUCCAGCAGUGUGUGUAUUACAUCACCAAGGUCCUGUACCCGAUCCUGCCGGGAUUUAUAGACUGCAACCCGUUCCGGGAGGGUCCUGAAGGUCGCUCCCCGACCGGCAGCGGGCCGACGGUCCCGGACGAAGUCCAGCGGGUUGUGGAGGUCCUGUCUGAGACUCAGAGACUACUGUUAGACUGUCAGCUCCACCCUGAGAUUUCCACCCAACUCGUUGCCUUCCUUUUCUACUUCAUCAACGCAUCGCUUUUCAACUUACUCAUGGAGAGAGGCUCGGAGCCAGGUUUCUAUCAGCGGUCGACGGGGAUUCGCAUACGGACCAAUUUCGACUGGCUCCUGAAGUGGUCUCAGACAACGGGAUUGGGGAAACUGGCCUCCAAGCACACGUGCGCGCUCUCGUCGGCUAUCGAUCUUCUUUCGACGCCAAGCGACAUUUUACUCCAGACCUCUUGGGCAUCGUUUCGAUCGGACUUCCCUGCCCUGAAUGCCGCUCAGCUGAACCACCUGCUCGGUUUUUACAGCCCAGCAUGUCGGACUCCGUGUGCUCAGGACCAAACGGAAGCGUACGCAACCGAGGAUAUCCUGCAUAGUUUUGAUACCCACCAUCCUCUAGUGCUACCAGAUGGGGAUUACCAGUUCCUGGUGGGACGGGAAGUGACCGAUUCGAGCUUGGUUGAACACUUCAACGAGCUCCAAGUGUUUAUUUUCAACCUCUCCAAUUUGCAGUCUGACGGCCAGCACCAGGGUGUCACCACGGAGGCCAAAUCCAGACAGGAAACAAUGGCUACAACACCGGCACAUAGGGUGUUAUCUCAGGCAACCGUCCAGACUCUACCAUCAUCCUCCAGUUCACCCCCCUCACCAUCCCUCCACUCCUCCACCCAGUACCUGGAUGAGUUCAACUCCUGCGGUGCCCACCUUUUGUCCCAGAAGCUUCGGACUCUGGAGCUGCAGACAAGAGAGAUGGAGACCACUGAUAUGAGGAGGUCAGCAUCGGACCCCUCCUGUCUCCUUACUCCACCCAACACCCCCCACAUCAUGGAUCCUGUUCAUUUGCCUAAAGAAGACCGAGACACACAUCCUUGGUCCUCUGAUGACGAAGGUGGCUUAAUGUUCGAGUGUCUAGCUGCACUUAAAGAUGACCAAUUGAAUCAAGAUUACACCAGUGUGAAAAGGAUUUUUGAACUCAUAGAGGAAGAGGAGGAGGAGGAGGCAGAAGAGAUGGGCAACCACUUUGAUGACAACAACGAUGAGAUCUUCAGUUUGGAGCUAGAGCGUGACAAAAGUGGUCUUGGUCUUGGUCUUGGUCUUGCUCUGGUUGACACAAGGGAGAUGUCAUUGAAGGUGAAAGGCAUCUUCAUCAGGGCAGUGGUUCCCAACACACCAGCAGCCCGCUGUGAGAAGCUGCAGCCGGGAGACCGGAUCCUUGCCGUUAAUGGAGUCAGUCUGCUUGGCCCCCGCCGCCUGAGCGGCGAGGAGUUGAUGCAGUCGUCAGGUGACAGCCUGAGGUUACUAGUGGCCAGAUCCCAUUGGAUGGCCAAGGCUGUACAGACCGAAUGCUGACACUGCGAAAAGCAUGCAAAUAAUUUCUGGAUCGUCUUUCCGAGACGUCAACGAAUUGUGCCUCUGCUGACUUGAAUCGGAAGAGGGGAACGCUCAUAUUCGGCCCAAUGAUCAGCGUGCGUGUGACCCGUGCGGUGUUGCUUCUAUUCAGGCCCACCGUGACUGUUGCUUUUUGGGGAAUUAUUAUUAUUAUUGUUAUUCAGAAGACAAAAUGCACUACAAUAAAAAUAUGUUCUCAUUAGA